AAACCUCAGAACACACUUCGAUCACUUUCCGGUCAGUAUUCGCAAUGUACUCUGCUAAGCAACUUUCUCUCUUGGCGCUGGUUCUUGCCCAGCUGUUGGGUGCCAUCCAGUGUGGAGUCUACGAUAGAGCAGACACUUGGGUUCUUUCCGACAAGUCAAAGAACAUUCCAGAAAACGCAGUUCUGGGUGGCUUCGAUCCUGACGGCUACAACAACUUCGUUGGACGCGUCACUUACAGCACCUACAUUUUGCCAGCCCGUGUUGUUGCCGAAACUGGAGUUGCUUCCUACAACACCGAAACUUUGGCUAAUACCGCAACCUCCUACGAACUGUUGGUGGCCAACGAGACCGUUAGCUAUUACUGGAAGCGUAGCUUUGAUGGAUAUUGGGAGAAGGAUGCCGUUUCCGUGGGAACAAGCAAUGUCAACGAUCGUGUCUACGUUUGUCGAGGAAGAACCGAUAGUGCUCUGUUGAUUGGUACUCUUAUUCUGCCCCAGAAGUACUGCAUCAUCCGGUAUGCCAAUCUACCUCUAAGACAGCUUGCCAAGUACGAGGUUUUGGCGCGCAAAUGGAAGCCUGCCACGUGGAUGCCACUCGUUGUAUAAUUUCUAAAAUACAAAUUACAUUUUGCAAAUAAAACUUGAUAAAGUUAAA